AUGGCCGAAAUGCCCCGGCUGCGGGUGGCGGAGUCCGGCCGCCUGGAGUACCUCGAGAAGUUCUCGCACUACGUCGCUAGGCAGCUGGGUUUCCAGGACGUGAACGAGUGCCCACAGCUGUGCAAACUGGCAAACAACUACCUCAACAACACCAAGACGUGCAUGGAGGACAUUUACGGGCUUUUCGCCAACGCCAAGGACGCCGAGUGCCUUUACGUCAAGCUCAUAGAGGAGCUGGACAGAUGCAUCCUCGGAUAUUUUGCAUUCCACUGGGACCAUGCUACCUAUCUCAUCAGCUCGGCGUUGACCGCGGACAGCGGCACCAAAAAGAAGUGGAGGAACAUGGUCCUGGAAGCAACAAGGAAGCAGCGUUUCGAGCGCGUGACGCGUGACCUGAAGGUGACGCGGGUGUUCUCGACUCUGGUGGAGGAGAUGAAGGCGAUCGGCAUCGUCACGGCGGGCAGCGGCGACGCGUCGUCGCAGUGCACGGACGUGAUGGCCCCCGUGGCGCACUCGGAGCGCAGCCCGGUGCUGCUGCUGAUGGGCGGCGGGAUGGGCGCCGGGAAGAGCACGGUGCUCAAGGAGAUCAAGCAGGAGGCGUUGUGGGCCAACGCGGAGGGCAACGCCGUGGUGGUGGAGGCGGACGCGUUCAAGGAGACGGACGUCAUCUACCGCGCCAUCAGCUCCAUGGGCCACCACAACGACAUGCUCCAGACGGCAGAGCUGGUCCACCAGUCGUCGACGGACGCGGCGUCGUCGCUGCUGGUGACGGCGCUGAACGAGGGGCGGGACGUCAUCCUGGACGGCACGCUGUCCUGGGAGCCCUACGUGGAGCAGACCAUCGCCAUGGCGCGCGCCGUGCACCGCCAGCGCUACCGCAUGGGCGUCGGCUACAAGGUCGCCGACGACGGCACCGUCACCGAGAGCUACUGGGAGCCCGACGGCACCGACCAGCCCCGCCGCCCGGCGGCGGGGCCACCAGCAGGAGGCCGUACCGGAUCGAGGGCCAUCAUCACGCGGCGCGCCGUCAGGGUGCGGUCCCAGCUGCAGUCGCACAAGCGCUUCGCCGCCGCGUUCCAGCGGUACAGCCGCCUCGUGGACGGCGCCAGGCUCUACAGCACCAACUCCAUGGGCUCCGCCAGGCUCAUCGCCUGGAAGGACGGCGUCGGCAGCAGCCUGCUGGUGGAGCCCCGGGAGUUCGACUGCCUGGACAAGGUGAGCAGGCUCAACGAGAACGCCACCUCCGUCCACGACCUCUACCCUGACGGCACCACCACCUGCGGCGAGCGCUCCGUCUGGGAGGACAUGGUCGCAGCACCGGCGCGCGCCGACACACAGCGCGAGCUCAAAGAGGCCAUCCGCUCCGUCGAGGCCGCUGGCGGCGAGCCUGACACACCGCCGACAACGCCCCAGCGCGAGCUCCUGGGGGUUAUCCGCUCCGUGGAGGCCGCCAACGGCGAGGCAGCUGCACCUGCAGCAGAGACACCGACAGCUGCCUCGUAG